AUGCCAUCUCGAAAGCCUACCCCCAGAAAGACUCAUUCUGAAAUCAAUGUGGAGGGUUCCAGCGGCAUGAAGGUAAGUCAACCUACAUCUCCAAAAUCACACAAUCAGCCUUAUAACUCAGAGAAGUCGAGUGAGCAGUCGAUCUGGGCUAACAUUACCCUCCUCCUCCUGAAGAAGGACAAGCCUCUCGGUUCCACAUCUGACACUAUGCCUGUCGAUACCAGUGCCAGCGACAACGACAGCGACAAAAUCCAUCUAGAUCAAUCCCGGGACGAUGCUGAUCAGGCUGUCGCUAGGGUUCAGGAUAUUUUGAGAACUCUCAGUACCUCUCAUUCAACUCCCCUUCGGUCCUCUGCUCGCACCGCUGCUCGUCAACGUGAUGUGUCUACGUCUACAGAGGAUCCAACCAGCUCCAACACUCUCUCAGCCAACCUAUUUCACCUAGGGGUUGAACCUGAUUUAUUCAAAAAGCCUAUGAAUCUGAUCGAGGAGGGAAUAGAGUUAUUCAGGCGUCUUGACGACUCCUUCAGAAAGCUUGGCAAAAAGUGUCAGCAGUGGAAAGCAACCAUGAAGCUUCGCGAGGAGAAAGAGAGAAAAGAAGUAGAAAAAAAUUAA